UCUCGUUCAUCUCAUUUUGUUCCUUUCCAUAUUUACAUGCUGUCUUGACCGUGCCGCCCAGAGCAACCUCGGUCAGCUUACUCGAAAUACUUAAUGGGAUUCUCUUGGAAAUCACAACAACAACAGCAACUUCACCCUAACCAACCGGCCCUCAUGGCCGACCACGAGACCGAAGAGGCCAAGCGCCUGAUCCUCGCACGACGAGCCUCUGUCCAGAGCAAGAGCAGCGACCAAUCCUUCGGUCGUCUUCGUACCCGAUCACGGACAUUCUCCAACUCCCAAAAGCCCUUUACCUACCAAGAAAUCAACCAGGUGCUCGACGAGGUGGUGGAUGCCAACGGGCCCGUGGGUGUGAUCAAGGCCCUUCUGGCACUCGGCGCCGACGUCAACUUUUCCAAGAGGAGGAGCGUGGACACCUGGAGCAAGCUGACGGGAAGAAAGAAUGAAGGCUGGCGCAGUGAUAUCCUCAUCCGAGCAACCGUCCGAUGUCCCUCCGAGACUGUCUAUGCCAUCGCCCACCACGCCGACCAAGAAAAUCUCGAUGGCGCCUUGCACCACGCCAUGCUAAGGGGCAACCUCGCUGUGCUGCAGGCGUUGCUGGAUCACGGCGCGAAUCCCCUUCAGUUGCAUGAUGACUUCCUCGAGCUCAUAUCCCGAAACCAGGUUGAUCUCGUACAAGCCAUCCUGGCUGGCCAUCGACUGCCGUGCCUCACAUGCCGAUCUACCGGACUGAGGAUAGCUGCGAAGAACGGGUCACUCGAAAUUGUCAGCCUGCUACUGAAGUGCUGGGCAGAUGUUAACCACGAUGGCGGAGCCGCGUUAGUGGCAGCUGUGGAAGCCCGCCGCCCCGAUCUAGUCGCGGUCCUCAUCUCCGGCCCGGUUCAGCCCUCCCCUCGUUCUCUGGAUACUGCUCUUGGUAGGGCCCAUAAAGCAAUGGUGGCACGCUCAACCGAAGAGGACCGGGAAAUCAUCGAAAUGUGUCUGUCUGCCGGUGCUGCUGGAGAGGAGACGACCCGGCUCGUGACGGAAGGCGUCGUAGCCGCUGUACGAACGAGACACAUCCAGUUGCUAGACACGGUCCUACGGGUCAAGAGGCCACCACCUCAGUAUGAAGCAAUGGCCAUGGUGGAUGCAGUCAAGGCGGAGCACAUCGAUGUUCUGAGCAAGUUGCUUGUCCUGAAGCCGCAGCCCAAGAGUCUCACGCUUGCCGUUUCACAAGCCGUCGACAUCCAUAACCGACAAACGCGCCAUGAUAUUACCCAGAUACUCAUCGAUUCGGGUGCUCAGGGGCCAUGUACGGCGGAGGCCUUGGUCAAGGUCGUCAAGAUAAUUAUUACCGAGCCCGGGAUGCCCCACAAGACGUCUUCGGAUCGAGCGAUGGACAAGAAGCUGUUCCGUCUUUUGCUUCAGCAAGGAAAGGCGGAUGUGAACUAUGGAAAUGGCGAAGCAUUGCAGAUUGCUGUUCAAAAGCCGUGCCCGGAGAUUGCAGAAGAGAUUGUUGGCAGGGAACCAUCGCCUGAAACCUUGGGUGCUGCCUUGCCUUGGGCAAUGGACCUGGUCAACCCGCGGGCCAGGGAGUCAAUGAUUGGGCUUCUUCUGCGCAAACAGAUUCAUGAGGAGGCUGUGGGAAAGGCCUUGGUUCAGGCCUUCAAAGAAGGGCCUGACAAUGCGCCCCUCAUCAAGUUGCUCCUUACUCGUGCAUCUGUUAACCAUAACAAUGGCGAGGUGUUCAUUUUCGCGAUCCGGCAACACCGACCCGAAACGUUCCGAAUGCUCCUCGACCAAGGGAUCAGCUACAAGGCCCUCUUCACCGCAAUCAAUGAAGCCCUAAAAACCUCCAGGACGAACAGGCGAGCUGUCUUUGCUGAUCUCAUGGGCCGUCUACAGUUUGACCAUCUGAACACCGCGUUGAAGUACGUCGUCCUCGAAGCCGAAACGGACCUUUCUCUGGCCAAAUCACUACUCGAAGCAGGGGCCGAGGCCACGCACGAGAACGGUGUCUGCAUUAAGAACGCAGCCUCCAACCUCGACCGCGAUACCCUCAGUCUCCUAGCAGAGUAUUCCGGCACCCAUGACAGCAUCUUCACACAAGCUAUGGCCGGUGUCGUCAACCGUGGAAAGCAGUGGAUCGCCUUUGAGCACGUCGAGGUCAUGGAGCUCCUCGUCCGGGGAGGGGCCUCCACCCAGGUGAUCAACAAGGCCGUGGUGGAAGUCAUCGACACUCUGGCUUGCAAGGAGUCACAGAUCGAUCUGGCCAACAGAUUCCUCGACAUCUUCUUCGCUGCCGGCGCCGAUGUCAACUACGAAAACGGAAAGCCAGUCGGGAUCGCUGCCAGCCGUGGUGAUCCAGUUCUUCUUGCCCGGCUGUUGAGCAAUGGUGCGUCGUCCAUGACUUCCACACAUGCUCUCUCGACUGCUAUCAUGGCGCACCAUGACGAGAAACUGUUACUGCGGUUGAUCGACGUUUUUGCGGAUAGGCGGACUGCGGCGCCGGAUGUUAAUCAGUCUAUUCCCGGAAUGCCGUCGCCCAUCUUCCUAUGCCUCAAAUCCUACCCCAAGUCGUUGGCUUUGUUGGAUAGUCUCGUUGGUGCUGGGUGUGAUCUCGAGUCCACUGUGCUGUCGGAUGUUUGCCCAGAGGAGGAGUCGACUGAGAAGAAGGUGCGGGCUGGGAGUUUCGAUGAGCCGGUUACUGUCCUGUUGUGGGCGCUUUUGCCCAGAAAUAGCCAGAUUGAUCCGGCUGUUGUUAAUGGGCUUGUUCGUCACGGUGCCAACAUCGCAUAUGCGUCGCCGAGAACUCACACUACUGCUUUGAUACUGGCGGUCAAGUCUGGGAGGUUUGAAGCAGUACAGACACUCCUCGAUGCUGGUGCCAAAGUCACUGCCAAAGACAGCCAGGGCCGUUCGGCUUUGUACAUUGCCGCCAGGUUGGGCAAUGCAGAUAUUGUGGCCGCGUUGCUGAGGAUCAAUCCUUCUCUCAACGAUGGUAGUCUUCAUGAAGCGUCACGUAACCUCCACGUGGGUGCAAUGCGCCUCCUGGUUGAGUGCGGGCACGAUCCCAACUACAGAUCAAGCAAACAUGAUGGGCGUACUGCCUUCGGCGAGAUGGCUCUCAAGGCUACGGUGCCUCGUGAUAUCAUCAUUGCAGAGGAGGCCGUCGAGAUCCUUUGCACUGGUGGCGCCAGCCCUCUGCUCAAGACCAAUGGCAAGACAAUCCUCUUCCUGGCAUUGGACAACAUGGACAACGAAGCAAUGACUCGUCUACUCCUAGACAAGCAUUUGUACCGCAUCUUGAACAGUCCGGAGAACAUGUAUAUGGAGGGUAUAUACCACUACUCGCCCACCAUGUAUGUCAAGAAGGGCAUGCUUCAGGGACCAAGGACCGCCGGUCUUAUCGAGAUUCUGGAGGGUCAUGGCGGCGAGGACCGGUACUACGCUACCAUGGAACAGAAACAGCCACAUGAUGCUGUAGGUAUGCCCGAGGAAAUCCAGCAGUUUGAGCGGGAGCGCCGUGCCCGCGAACGACGCAUCCGCGAAGCUGAAGAAGAGCACGCCGCUACCCUCCGCCGCGAGUACGAAAAGGCCAAGACAGUCGACGUCAUCGAAGACCUGCACCACGACCGCUCAUACCGGCAUUACGAGGACAUCUCCGACCAGCACCGCCGGAACAAGUAUCUUGAUCACCAGACCGACGUCACCAUCAAGACCGAAGCCGCUCUCGUCGACAACUCCCUCAAGAUGAACGGCGCCAGCGUCGACGGCGCCAUCCAAUGGCAACGCCACAACAACCACAUGGCCAUGGGCGUCAACGCCGCCCACGUCCAGCGCGACAUCAAGAUGCAGCGACACGCCGUCGACAUGACCAUCGGCCGCGAGGCCGCCCAGCUUAACCGGUCCAUCGCCAUCCAGCACCACAACGAAGGGAUGGCCAUGGCCUCGCAGCAGCGUGGCGCCCAGCUCGCGCACAUGCGGAACGAACACCGCCAGGUGAUGCAGCAGCAGAAAGACCACAGCAUGCUGAACCGCGUCCACGCCGAGAACCGGCACGCGUUCGAGAUGCACGUGGGCGCCCAGCGCCAUCGGCAGGCGCUGGCGCACCAGCGGUCGGCGCACCAGUUGGGCAUGAGGAAUCGUGCGGAUCACUAUAAUCAGGGGCUGGAGUUCCAGGGGAGGGCGCAGGCGAUGCAUGAGAGGCAUAUUGAGGGGAUCCAUCAGAAGCAUAUGAUGCUGGCGGGGGCGAAGCAUACGAUGAACAUGACGGAGUUGGGGGCGCAGAGGGGGAAUAUUAUCGGGCAGACUAAUUUGCAUGAGCUGAGGCAGUGGUCGGCGGCUGGAGGGGGUGGGAGUGUUGGGUAUGGAGGGGGGAGGAUGCAGUUGUUGAAUUGAGAUUGAAUGAACUUCUGUGAGAAGAGAUAGAAUAAUGUGAAAGCAUCAAAGGAUGGGACAAGGAAAGAAGGAGGUGCAUUGGAAGGCAAGGCCCAAGAUUGACUUAAAGAUACGGCUGGCGUUGUUUGCUUUUUUGAUACCAUUAGCAUAGCAUAUAAAUUCUACUCAUAUAGCUUGGGAAUGUAUUUCGUCAUCACCAA